GCAAAAAUCAAAGAAAUUUCUGCGCAGAUCUUGGGGAGGGGAUUGUGGCAUCAUCUUCGUGGCUGCGUUCGACGACGCUGCCACGAAGAAGAAGAAGAAGAAGACAAGAUGGAUUACCGGAACAAGCUUGUUCUUGCUCCGAUGGUCCGUGUGGGAACGCUCUCUUUCCGAAUGUUGGCGGCGGAGUACGGCGCCGAUAUUACAUACGGAGAAGAGAUUAUCGAUCAUAAGCUUCUCAAAUGCCAACGCCGUUUCAACAUUGCUUCCGGAACAACAGAGUUUGUGGAGAAAGGGAGUGAGAAUGUUGUCUUUAGCACAUGUGAUGCAGAAAGAGAAAGGGUUGUUUUCCAAAUGGGGACUUCUGAUGCUGUUAGGGCUCUUAAAGCUGCUGAGAUUGUGUGCAAUGAUGUUGCAGCUGUUGAUAUUAAUAUGGGUUGCCCCAAGGCUUUCUCUAUUCAAGGAGGAAUGGGUGCUGCUCUCUUAAGUAAACCCGAGCUCAUUCACGAUAUUCUGGCAACACUUAGAAGGAACUUAGACGUCCCUGUUACUUGCAAGAUUCGUCUAUUGAAAUCACCUGCAGAUACUGUUGAAUUGGCUAGGAGAAUCGAGAAGCUUGGUGUACCAGCUCUUGCUGUACAUGGGAGGAAAGUUGCAGACAGGCCAAGAGAUCCUGCUAAAUGGGACGAGAUAGCAGAUGUAGUUGCUGCAUUGUCCAUUCCCGUUAUUGCAAACGGAGAUGUUUUAGAAUACGAUGAUUUCUCUCGCAUUAAAACUGCUACAGGCGCUGCGUCCGUGAUGGUUGCAAGAGGAGCUAUGUGGAAUGCUUCAAUUUUCUCUCCAAAAGGAAAGUCUCACUGGGAAGAUGUGAAAAAGAAAUACAUUAGAAAGAGCAUCUUGUGGAACAACGAUGUUAAAAGCACGAAAUACACGAUAAAGGAGAUGAUAGCGCAUCAUUCUUGUCUUGAAUUAGCCGAAGGAAAGUCUCUCAACAAAGCUGACACUUUGGAAGAUAUAGCGAAGCUUUACGAGGUGGAAGAUUACUAUUGGACAGUAAAGAACAUUCGUCCCCUGACACAUGACUUGGACUACGUUUUGUGAUACUCAGACAAAAUGCCACUUUAUUUCGAGUCUUAGUGUAAUCUCGUUUUUAUGUUUUAUAUAUAGAGGGAUCCCAUUGGUUUUACUUAACCGAAAUUCGAAUCUAUUGUUGUACUGGAAGUAACUACACUAUUAUUAAUCAUGCAUUCUCUUGA